AUGUUGAAUGCUUCGAAAUCGCUGAUAAACAGUGAACAACUCGGCGAGGUGAGCAAAGCCAGCAAUGGGGCAUGUUGUGGAGACGGGGGGAGGCAAGGUGGCAAGCCGCUGGAGGAGCCGCCGGAGCUGGAACUGAAACUGGAAGCUACAAAUACAAUACAAAACGAGGCAGACAAACCCACGAACCAACAGGCCCAGACCCAGAACCAGGCCCGGGCUCAGGGCAACAGGCAACAACAAAGGCAACAUCGAGCCAAGAUGGAGACGACGAAUUUCGGUGUCUUUGAACAGCGCCUUGUCCCAGGGAGAUGGAGUCAUGGGAACCAACUUUUCACAUUCCGGGCGCGCUUCUGUUUUGCAGUCUCUGCUUUGGCCCUGAUAUUCGGUGCGUUUUUGCCGAGUAUCCAGCAGCCCCACCUCUCCAGAUACUCCACUACAUGCCCCAUGCCCCCUCCGUUCCUGCUCUCCACCGAAAAGCACAACCGUACCGGCGGCACAAAGACAAAGCCAUUCGAUGGACAAUCUCCGAUGUUUGGUUUUGCGGCCAGGCGGCAGGACGAGAAUCCUAAGCCUCGGUAUCGGACACGAUCCGGAGUCCGGAAUCUGAGAUCAGGACAAACCCAGCCAACCAGCCGGGGAUCACCAUCAACAGAUCAGAUCAGCUUUCCUCCUCCAGUUACGAGGAUUCAAAUUCGUGCAACUUGCGCACGAUCCAUUUCGCCCCCGAGUCGAUCCAGAAAAUCAAUCACCAUUCCUCUAUCAACGUACGACGCCGCUCCCCUUUUGCACUCUUACGACGACAGUCCGCAGCGUUGGGACCUCACCAACGGGCACCAGGCAGGCGUCAUCAUAGAUCAGUUCCGGGGCGGCAAAGCGAUCACCAUUGAGGGAGGCACCAGCACCGGUGACACGACGAGCAUCGGCGGCGGCAGCGAUUUACGACUGGUAAUAACGGCCAAUCCCGGCGAGAUCGAGCGCAAUUACGAUCAGCCCACGAAUCGCGGUGGUGGCGGAGGCGGCGGCGUUAUCGGCGUCAGCUGCGGUGGCCAAACCCCACCGACUCCCUCGGUCGGCAAAACCCUGCUGAACACCAGUCCCAAUCUCUUGCCGAUCACUACAGCGACCGAUACGUUCAACAAUCUCAAGAACUUGGUCAAGAUCGACAAGGGAUCAUCCCCAUCAUCGGGCUCGAAUCAGGGCGGUAGCGGCGGCCAUUACCGCAAAGGCUCUAACACCGGUUCCGGCUAUAAGAGCGGCGGCGGCGGCAACGUCGGUUCCCCAGCUAGCAGCGAGGGUGUAGGCGGCAGAAACGGAAGCCGAUCAUCUGGUGGACCAACCGGACACUUUUCAACUGGCUAUAGCAAGAAUUCCGCCAAAAUUCGCCAACACGAUAGCGAAGUGAGCCCAAGACCUCGACGAUCUUACCAGGGUGAUUCGUCGUCGUCGCGUUACUAUCAAAAAAAUAGUGACAUUUUGGGUCAAGGCAUCGGCGGCAGUACCGACGUCUACAACGGCUCCUCCGGCAGAUACCAGCAGGACCAGCAAGGCGGAGCUCAUCGUGGUAGUCGCAACUAUCACUCCAACUCCGAUGGCAACUACAAUCGAUCAUUAAACUCGAACUCCACUGUCGGUGGUAGUGGUAGUGGUGGUGGUGGUGGACAAGGACAAGGAGGAGUAAACUCUGGUUCCGGUGGCAGUGGCAGCAAUUAUCGCUCCGCCCGCAACUACGAGAACGGCAAUGGGAGCAACGGACCGCAGCCACGUUACGGCAGCGGCAACGGGAACGGCAACGGCAACAAUAACUCCAACUCCAUUUCCAAUUCUAUAUCCACGUCCGUUUACAACGGAUCGUCAGCAAAUUCAACUGGCAGCAGGCCUCCUCGCAGCAACAAUGAUGGAGGCGUGAGUGGCAGCGGCUAUAGCAACAAUUACCGCGACAAUUACGACGACUCACCAUCACACCAACGCUACACGAAUAGUCUUGAGCGGAACGGAUCGGGACCGGGACAGGGACCGGGGGUAGGUGCGGGAGGACCUCGCGGCGGCUACGGCAGGCCGGAGGCGACGGAUCGUUACGAUCGGGGAGCGGUAGGCAAUCGUACUCCAGUCCUACGCAACGGCAAUGCCUCCUCAGCUCAGAUUUCGGGAUCCACUUCCAAUUCUUCGAACAUUUCAUUGAACUCGGCCGGCGGACCAGUUUCCCAACAACAACAACAGCAGCAACAGCUCCAUCAGCAACAGCAAAACCAGCAGCAGCAGCAGCAGCAACACCAUCAGGCUCAUCAGGAGAGAUCCCAGGCGGGCAAGGCAAGUACUCCGCCACCAGUUACCGGACGUUGGAUACCACCAUCGCUGCGUCCGCAGCAUGGGCUCACCCAAAGCGAAAAGAACGACGCCGUUUUCCGACGCGUCCGUGGUAUAUUGAACAAGCUAACGCCCGAGAAGUUCCAGGAGCUGAGCGAUGAACUACUGAAGCUAGACCUCAACUCGAUCGUGAUUCUGAACGGCGUGAUUCUGCUGAUAUUCGACAAGGCAUUGGACGAGCCGAAGUACUCGUCUAUGUACGCCCAGCUGUGCAAGCGACUGUCCGAGGAAGCCCCAUCAUUUGACAAGGAACAGCAGCCCAACAAUUCGUGCACCUUUCUGCGACUUCUGAUCGCCGUGUGCCGCGACAAGUUCAACAAUCGAUUGAAGCGCGACGAGAACGACAACCGUGAACGGCCACCGCCCGAGAAUGAGGCCGACGAGGAGGAGCGACGCCAUUUGGCGAAGCAACGGAUGCUUGGCAAUGUCAAGUUUAUUGGCGAACUCAACAAGCUGGAUAUGUUGUCGAAGAAUGUGCUGCACCAGUGCAUCAUGGAGCUAUUGGACAAGAAGAAGAAGCGUACGGCCGGUGCGCAGGAGAUGUGCGAGGACAUGGAAUGCCUGGCUCAGCUGCUCAAGACUUGCGGCAAGAACCUGGAUUCAGAACAGGGCAAAGAGCUGAUGAACCAGUACUUCGAGACACUUGAACGUCGGUCAAAGUCAUUUGAAUAUCCACCAAGGAUUCGCUUCAUGCUAAAGGAUGUCAUCGAGCUGCGCCAGAACCAUUGGGUGCCGCGCAAGGUGGGCACCACCGAGGGCCCCGUCCCCAUAAAGCAAAUACGCUCGGACGACGACUCGAUUAUCCGCACCCCGUUCCCCAAUCGUGGUCGCGAUAUGCGCAACAACGAUCGCGACUCGGACAGUUGGAUGAAUCGUUUCCAUCUUAAUCUUCAGCCUGGCGGCUACAACGACAUGUUCAGCGGCCUGAGUGUGACGGGAGCUUCUCCGAUUGUCUCGCCGUUCGUCUCCGGUUCGAAUCGGGACAGGGAUCGCGACAAUCGCCAAUAUAACAAUCGUGGCGAUCGCAACCGGGAUCGCGAUCAGGGUGGCGGCGGCGGUGCCAACUAUGGCAGCCGCUACAACAAGCACAACCAGAACGGAGGGAGCGGCGGUGGUGGAGGCUCCUCCAAUAACCGGGAUCGUGACCGGGACGAUUCGCGAAGGAACAACGAUCGCGACAGGGAUCGCAACGAUGGCCAAUACGGGGGUAAUCAGUUGCUGGGUAGCAAGGAGUUGGCGCCGAGGUUCAAGCGCAACUUGAUCACCACGAACCAGGAUGCGGUGGAGAACUUGCAGAUGCGCCCGGCAGCCAACUCCUUGCUCUUCCGAGCGGCCUCCCAGAACCAAAAGUUCCCGGCCACGCUGCCCAUAUCCACGCCGCCGAACAGCAGCAGCAAGGAUCAGCAGGCCAAGGACCAGAGCCAGCUAUCCAACUCGCACUACCCGCUGUUGGGCACUCCAACCUCUCAUCUGCUGAAUCCGGCACGCCCCUCGUCCACCCCCUCCGCCGAGUAUGCGGACAACCGUACCCUGUUGGGUCUGCAGCAGGAGCGCGGCCUGAAGGCCACCUCCUCGUCGCCAAACUUUGGCUCUGCAUCGGACAAGCUGGGUGAGCAGACGGAUGGCCUGGGUGGCAGGAAGGGAUCGCAGGACGGCAAGGAUCAGGGCAAGAGCGGCUCGGUGGAGAGACCCAGCACCCCGGUGGGUGGCACCGGCAAGCAGCAGAAGAAGGACAAGGGCCCCAGCAAGGAGGAGCUGUCCAAGAAGGCCACCCAGUUCUUCAAGGACAAGUUCUACUUCGACUUGGAGGCGGAGAUCAAGGAAGAUGGUGUGGUGGCUGAUGCCGAUGCAAAGGAGGAUGAGGAGGUGAAGGUAAACGGCGACACAGCCGAGAAGGCAGUCGAUGGAGAAGUGGCCCCGGAAGAAGAAGAAUCGGAGACCAAGGCAGAUACCCCAGCUACGUCGACCGGCACUCCAGAUCCCUUCACCGAACUUGUGGAUGGUUUCCUUGAGCUGAAACUGCCGGAGAAGGCGCUCAAGGAUGUGUGCAUCAGCCUGCUGAUGGAGGUGUUGGACCGUGUGAACGAUGUCUACCUGGAACGUGUCGUGCGCUUCCUCCAGACAUUGCGCAAACAGUCCAACAUCAAGCCGAACGUGAUCGUCGAGGUAUUCAAGCAGCUCGUCAACAAGAUGAACGAACGCGAGGCACUCAAUCCCCGUAUCACGUUCCUGGUGGCCACCGUGCUGGCCAAGACUGUGUGCGAGCCAGCUCUGCUCAAGUUGAACGACAUCGCCAACUACACGGACAACGGACAGCACUAUCCGCUGUUCCUGCUCGUGCUGCAGCAGCUGCACAAGACCAUCGGCAAGGAGGCGCUCGAGGAGAAGUUCCGCGCCAGCAAGGUCGACCUGAUGAACAGCCUGCCGGAAGCCGAUCGCACCAAGGAGCGCCUGGCCGAGAUCCUCGAGGACCGCCAGCUGUCAUUCCUCUACCCGCUGCUCAAGGUGCAGUCGGAGAUGCUGAAGCAGCUGCAGAGCGAUCCAAAUCCCAACAACUUCUACAAGUGGAUCAAGGCCAAUGUGGAGAACAAGUACUACAAGGACCCGGGCUUCAUUCAGGCCCUUAUGACCGUGGUGGUCAAGUAUGUGACCCGUGAGACGACCCUGGCCCCCGGCACCGAUCCCAAGGAGGCGCCCGAGAAGUCGGUGACCCUAAAGGAGCAGCAGUUGCUGGAGACCUAUAGCCAGAUGCUGCAGACCUUCCUGGGCCAGAACGAGCUGCAACUGAUGGCUCUCUAUGCACUUCAAGUUUUCUGCUACAGCGAGAGUUUCCCGAAAGGAAUGCUAUGCCGUUGGUUUAAAUACCUUUACGAAUCUGAGAUCAUUGAGGAGGAGGCAUUCGUCUCGUGGAAGGAGGAGAUUUCCGACAAAUAUCCAGGCAAAGGAUCCGCUCUGUUCCAAGUAAAUGCCUGGCUGACCUGGCUGCAGGAGGCCGAAUCCGAGGACGACGAGGAUUAAGAAGAAGAAGCACCACCAGUCCCGCAUAACAACGCUACAUGUUUAUCACUUCCAAUAUUUAUUCACAAAUCGAAAAUGAUUACAUGAUAAAAAAUCUAACAAAAAAAAACAAAAAAAGGAAAAAAAACGAUAUGAUAAAGAUCAAGUUUGAAAUCGCGGUUGCAAAUCUUAGUCAAAUUAUAGUAGAAGAAACAUAAAAAAAAAAAAGAAAAGAAAUUUAAUCAAAAUUAUUUGAUAUCCAAUAUAAAUUCAAAGAACUCUCCUAACAACCUAACGAUCAAUAAAUAAUACGCAAUAGACGCAUACGUAAUGAGAAUAACGGUAUUUAACCCAUAACAACCCCCGUCAUCAAUGAAUGCAAGCGAAAUUAGUAAAUUAUCAUUGACAUUUCAAGCAAACAACUGAAAUCGAACAUAAUUAAUUAGUGAAUUCAUCUCGAUAUUUUUGUUUUUGUUUUAAUUUAAAAUAUAACCCAACCGGAACUGAUCUUUUAACCGAAUAUCUAUGAAUUAUUUACUCUCCGUCUUCAACUACCCGAUUGUGUAUUUAAAUAAGUAGGUCAAAUCAAAAACGACAACGUAUAAAUUAUAUGAAUAUUUAACAAAAUAACAAAACACCAAUCGAUGCGUGCAGAUGGGAGCGAAGAAAUCUGAUUCUAAUUGUGAACAAACCUAUCGUACAUAUGUAUUUUAACUCGUCAAAAAACGUAAACAUAUUAAACAUCGCCCACAUCAAAUAGAGCCUUAAUAAAUGCAACCAACACUGCGAAAA